AUGGCAGACACGAUUUGGAACGAUUUAUGCAAGCAGCCAAUACUCAAAGCCCCUUCUGAAAAGUAUGCACAGCUCGUUCACGAUUCGACCACACGACUCCAUCAAUCCCUUGAACCCAUCUUGUCAGCUCUGAAUCUACGCGCCAUUGGGUUGACAAAGUGUGCCAACUUUGAAUCAGCUUUUCACGAUGCCAAAGUUAUGCAAUACCUGUCGCCUUCUUCUGCACUUGGAUACAUACGGGAAGCCAGCAUUUACAGUGAACAAGGAAAACAGCUUGAAGCCAUUCGUGUAUGCAACCAUGGCAUGAGUCUUGUUGACACCUUGGAUACCCACUAUGAUACACUGCAACGAGUCAAAAUGGAUGCUGAGCAACGCCAAAACACACGCAUCGACUUUAUCAGCCAACUACCUCUCGACAUUGUAACCACGACACUCAUUCCCAUGUUUAUGGAUGAUCAACCCUUGCGUUCAAUGGAGCCAGCUCCUUUUUUGGAUGUAUCCAAUGUAUGGUGUGAUCGUAUUAUCAAAUGCUUUGGUGGAUUAAGCUUUGAGACUGGGGAUGAUGACGACGCCAUUCAUUCACAAAUCGCCCAGUUUGCUCGCCAUGUCAAGAGAUUGGAUGUUGAUUGGUAUUCGGAAGGCACGUGGCUUUGUGAUUUACUACGCAACAAUGACCUUUGCUCUUUACAGGAGUUAUACAUUGAAAGUUUCUCGGCCAAUUGCUUGCCUUACUUUAUUUCGUCAUUGAAGCCAAUCAGCGACACUUUGACACAUCUUCAAAUUCAAGUCGAGAAUGGGAUGAUGGUACCGAUGGAGGAGGUUCUUGUCAACUGCCCCAAUCUGGUUUCCCUGGAAAUAGCCCAACCCUGUGCUACCGGUAUCAGCUCCCUUCGAAUGGCGUCAUGGCCUAAAAUAACGACAUUGGUCAUCUUUUCGACUGCAGAGGAUAUUAACAACAGUGCGAUGAUUACAUGUCACCAGAUCAGAGCGAUUGGCAAGCGUUUUCCAUCCCUCAAGAAGCUACAAUUUCGUCCAUGUGAAGAUACGGAAUGCAUACGUGUUGUCUUGGAAUAUUAUCCCUGGAUGAACAACCUCGACGUUAUUGAGUAUGGUGCGGGUUUCGAUAUUACUUUCUAUGAUGAUGGACAUCGUUGUAACGAGGUUGGGAUUACGAGACUCUUUGUCGACAUUUAUCAUAUGACACACGCGCCUUGGGAAAGUGUUGUUUAUGUACUAUGUCAACAUCGAAAAACGCUUGAAUACAUACACUUCGAUGUGGACACUCGCACUGAACCCGAGGAGAUCUACAACAUUGAGUAUGUUCGAUUGAAGAAACUUCAUCUUCAAAGCUCUGGAUGGUGGAUACCACACAACGCACCCAUGCUUGAGGAAUUGGAGAUAUCAUGCUUCGUACUUGCUGCAGAAUUUACCGUGCGUGAUACAACACCAUUGCCACCGAAUUUAAAGAAGCUGAAACUGGACCUUUCUAAUUCGCUUCGUCCUAUUGACAAAACGCCUUUUGCAAGAUACCUUCAUCGAUAUGCCCAGCAUUUAUGCUUGAAAGAACUUGCUGUUUCUCUCAACCCUGAGGAGCAUAUCGACAACAUGCUCGAAGCUAUCCUUCACCUUGGUCAACUCGAACGCUUGAGCAUUUUUGUUUCUGGUCAUUGGGAUUCGAUCCAAAUGCAAGAAUUAUUUGAGGAGCUUCCCAAAGGAUGUCCCAAUCUAUCCAGCCUGAUGAUCAGCUGUGAAAACGCCCCAACGAUAUACGCAAUGAGUGCUUUGAAAAGGCUUGAACAUUUGGAGGAGUUUCGGUUCCACAUAUGGAACAUGGAUGGCAACGACGGUUUUUGGCACGCAAUUGCAAGCUUUUCACAACUCAAAUGUAUCCAUGUCUACCCUGCAAAUACAAAGAACAUCCACCAUCUUCGGCAUCUCCAUGCACAAAGGCCUGAUUUGAAGAUUGUGGCCAACAAACGAUUGGCGCAUUUUUAUAGCACUGUUGUCAUUUGA